GCGCCAGCGCCGAGGGUGUCUGACGAGCUGCGGCCGAGUGGUGAAGUGUACGACUAGCGGAGUCAGUGGUCGUGCAGAAUCCGCCGAGCGGCAACACCUCAGCUCAGCUCUAGCUCCCUCUGUCUCUGUCCGUUCGGCGACAGUCACCACUCGCCUGCCAGCCUGGAGUUCGCAGCGUUCGGCGUACUGAGCCACAGCUUCUCCCCGAGACCCUCCAGCCCCAAGACGCGACAACCCUCAGACAUGAUGGCCGUAGCUGCUGCCCAGAAGAACCGCGAGAUGUUCGCCAUCAAGAAAUCCUACAGCAUCGAGAACGGCUACCCGUCCCGGCGCCGCUCUCUCGUGGACGACGCGCGCUUCGAGACGCUGGUGGUGAAGCAGACCAAGCAGAGCGUGCUCGAGGAAGCCCGCCAGAUCUACAACGAUGCUCCAACUGACUCUGCUGAGGUAAACGAGGUUCAGGAGAAAGAUGUCCCUGCCGCAGAAGAAAUCGAGAACACAUCGCAAGAGGAAGUAUCCACAACAGAAGUGACCGAAGACUCUAGCGAGCCGCCCAGCGACGCCGUAGAGCCGCAGCUACAGGAGACACAGCCGGAGAAGCCCGUGCAGAACGGCCACGCAGCCAGCGGCGAAGCAGAUGCGGAGAUGACAGAGGAAGAGGUGCUGCUCGCCAACGCGGCCAGCGAGAGUGCAGAAGCCGAGCAGGCCAUCCAGAAGGCAGCGCUCGUGCUGCGCAUGCGCGAGGGGCUCGGUUCUCUCGCCAGGAUCCUCAAGACCAUAGAGAACUUCAAGGGCCAGGUGUGCCACCUGGAGACGCGCGAGUCGCGGCAAGAGAGCGGCAGCCUGGACGUGCUGGUGCGCGUGUCGAUGACCCGCCAGGCGCUGCUCCUGCUGCUUCGCUCGCUGCGCCAGAGCGCUGCCCUCUCCGCCGUCACGCUCAUGGCAGACAACAGCGUCAGCAUCAAGGAUCCGUGGUUUCCGCGCCACGCCAGCGACCUGGACAACUGCAACCACCUGAUGACAAAGUACGAGCCAGAGCUGGACAUGAACCACCCGGGCUUCGCCGAUAAGGUGUACCGCGAGCGCAGGAAGAUGAUAGCCAACAUCGCGUUCGCCUACAAGUACGGAGACCCGAUCCCCCGCAUCGAGUACACGCCCGAGGAGACGGCCACGUGGAAGCAGGUGUUCCGCGCCACCAUCGAGCUGCUGCCAAAGUACGCGUGCGUCGAGUACCGACGCGUCUUCAAGCUGCUGCAGCAGGCCGGCAUCUUCACCGAGGAGCGCAUCCCACAGCUCGAGGAGAUGUCCAACUUCAUGAGCAAGCACACGGGCUUCCGGCUGCGACCCGCCGCCGGGCUCCUGACGGCGCGCGACUUCCUGGCCAGUCUGGCGUUCCGCAUCUUCCAGAGCACGCAGUACGUCAGGCACACUUCGUCGCCCACGCACACUCCUGAACCCGACUGCAUCCACGAGCUGAUCGGUCACAUGCCGCUGCUGGCGGACCCCAGCUUCGCGCAGUUCUCGCAGGAGAUCGGCCUCGCUUCCCUCGGCGCGUCUGACGCGGAGAUCGAGAAGCUGUCGACGGUGUACUGGUUCACGGUCGAGUUCGGCCUGUGCAAGGAGAAGGGCCAGCUGAAGGCGUACGGCGCCGGGCUGCUGUCGUCGACGCGCGAGCUGCUGCACGCCGUGUCCGACAAGCCAGAGCACCGGCCCUUCGAGCCCUCGCUGACCGCCAUCCAGCCCUACCAGGACCAGGACGUGCAGCCCGUCUACUACGUCGCGGAGAGCUUCGAGGAUGCCAAGGACAAGUUCAGGAGGUGGGUAGCUAGCGGCAUGUCCCGCAAGUUCGAGGUUCGCUACAACCCGCACACCCAGCGCGUCGAGGUGCUGGACUCCGUGGAGCGGCUGGAGGGCUGCCUCUCGCAGCUCAACCUCGAGAUGCUGCACCUCAACAACGCGCUGGCCAAGCUCAAGGCCAACUUCGCUUAAGGGACUCUCCUCGUGACCUCGUUUUCCCUGCACUUCACCACGUACUUAGCGUCCGCAUCGUCCGC